AUGGCUGCCCACCCCUUGGUUUUAUUGGAGCACAUUGCGCUCUCGUAUGAUGUUUCCAACAAUGCAGGGUCAUCCACUUUCAGCCAUGUCUUCUGGAAUGUCGUUGUCGAAGAGGGCGACUCGGAGCGCCGAGUUCCGGUCCGCGUGGUUGGCUUUGAUGCCCUGCACCAGCGUGCAGAAGCUCAAGUUGCCCGCCGUGCACUUCUCGAUGGCAAAAGAAAUGAGCUUCUUGACAGACUUACCGCAACACUUCCCAUUCUCACGCAAGCGGAUCUGCGGAUGGAAGCACUGAAGAGGCGCCUCCGUCUCACCGGGCUGCUCAUCCUGCGUACUUUUAAAGCGAUGGAGAUCAUCAGAAAGCAUUCGAUCCCGCUGCGCCCGUGGGAAAGAUCCCUGAUUGAAGACAUCGAAGCAAUUAUGAAGGGAACAACUGCCCUGGCAAGGCUAGCAGGCGCAUAUAAGCCGCCUUCCGCUCAGAUGCCUUCUAUUUUAACUCCAAUUCAGCAGGACACAGUGGCGACAGAUGCUGUUGAGGAGGCACUUGCCAAUAUACUGCGGAUUUUGAGCACCGUCGUUUGCUCCAUACAUGGGCUGCACAGCCGCCUUGAACAAACACAAGGAUGA